UCGCUGCAUGGUUCAGGCUGGGUAGAGAGAUCUGGCUGGCAGCGGCGAGGCCAGGGGUGCCGUCUAGUGUAGGAAAGAGAGAGCUGGUGCAGGAAGAGGAUAUUUCCGUACUGAGAUGGCUUUUCUCUGCUCUGCAGGUUUUAUGGCCUGGGCUGCUCCUUCAGCUGAGCCCAGCAGCCCAUGGGCCAGCGCUGUCUCUCCUCCUGCAGACCUCGGUCGGGGUGGUAAAGAGGAUGCAGGAGGAAGGCAGGCUGCCCUUGGCCAGGAGGUGCGGCAAGGUGAACAGAGGGUGUCGGUCAAGCCCCAGGGCCACUCUACCCCAGGAGCUGCUGGCUCGGCUGCUGAUCACAAGACCUGCUUCUGCCAGAGGGAGUGGGAGCAGCAGCUGCUGCAGUUCCUGGAAGACCUUCUCUUCCUCAUCUCGGACCAUACCUGGCUGGGCUGUUUCAUCACUAGUAUCAGGCGCCAGCUGGCCCACAGCGAUAAGCGGCCCAGUGACAAGAGCUUUCUCUACAAGUGCUGGGGCACCGUGCUGAUGUUUUCUCCAGAAGAGAGCAUCAAGCCCCAGCUAUGGCGUCUGGUGGAGAUGGUCAAUUUCCGAGAAGAAGAGGAAAGAGAGGGAUUCGCCCGAGCGCUUGAGCUGUGUGCCAGGAAACAUCUAUAUGAGAUUUUUGCCAUCCUGGAGCACUGGGAAGAGGUUGUCAGCAGGGUGCAGCUCCAGCCUUCUGCUGCUGGCUCUCUGGAGGAGCCAGCUUCCAUCGAGCAGCUGAGAAGCCUCCUGCUCCUCACCUAUGGGCACGUGGUCCACUCAGUCCCCACAGAUCUCAUCCUAGAGACCAUAGGCUACAAGAUCCUGACUCCCAUGCGGAAACACUGUUUUCUGAGCCCACAUGCCCAUGGAAGCUAA